AUGCUUAUGCUUAUGCUUAUGCUUAUUCUUAUGCAUAUGUUUAAGCUUAUGCUUAUUCUUAUGCUUAUGCUGAUACUGGCUCAGGCUUAUGCUCAUGCUCAUGCUCAUGCUCAUGCUCAUGCUCAGGCUCAUGCUCAGGCUCAUGCUCAUGCUCAUGCUCAUGCUCAUGCUCAUGCUCAUGCUCAUGCUCAUGCUCAUGCUCAUGCUCAUGCUCAUGCUCAUGCUCAUGCUCAUGCUCAUGCUCAUGCUCAUGCUCAUGCUCAUGCUCAUGCUCAUGCUCAUGCUCAUGCUCAUGCUCAUGCUCAUGCUCAUGCUCAUGCUCAUGCUCAUGCUCAUGCUCAUGCUCAUGCUCAUGCUCAUGCUCAUGCUCAUGCUCAUGCUCAUGCUCAUGCUCAUGCUCAUGCUCAUGCUCAUGCUCAUGCUGAUGCUCAUGCUGAUGCUGAUGCUUCAUGCUGA